AUGUCCGACAAUAGGCCUAGUGAUUUACCAUUACUAACAAUUGAACGAGAGUUCUGCGUUGAUUAUGAAAAGGUGAUCAACAACUCUUUGGAUGAUAAUAAUCAAUCAAUAUCAAACGACACUUCAUCAUCAUCGAUUAAUGAAAAUCAAUUUGCAUUCGAUAAACCAGGAAAAAAUUCUCAACGAUUAACUUCUCAUUUCAAUAAAAUUUAUAAUAAUAAUAAUGAAAAAAGUAAAAUGUCAACAAAAACGUUUCUUCCAUCAUCAUCACAUAUUAAUGAUCGUUAUUACUUUUGUUCACGUUCAACUAUGAAUAAAAAAUCAAAGCAUAAAUCAGACACAACACCACCAUUCUUAAGAAAACGUUACAAACUUUCUGCCGUAAAUGAUAAUUCAAUUAAACCUUCAAGAAAAACAUUACCACAUGCAAGAUCGCAUAGUUAUCUCGGACAACGUUCAGUUACAUUUAUGGAAGGAAUAUCAACAUAUCUAUGUGAUACACCUCAUACAUUUUCUAAAACAUCAGACACACUCAAAUAUCCAAGUACCGCAUCGACACUUGUUCGUUCGAAAGUUGCACCACCCUAUCAAUUUAAUCGAUUGACAUCAACAAAUGGUUCAUUAUCAAAAAUCAAACGAUCACGUACAGAUAAAACUCCUAGUGUUCGUUUUGAAUCAAUACCACCGUCACCACCAUCAUAUUUAAACGAAGCACGAGCGCUUCUAUCUGGAAAAUGA